AAUUAUGAUAGCUGGAAUAUAAAUACGCAUGAAAAAUUCCUCAAAAGUGAAUGCGCAAUCUACAGACGCUGUUAAAUGACCCAUUACAGCCUCAAGCUGGUUUGUCAAAGUAUUGAUGCGGUGGUUUGAAUCACGUUUGAAUUGUAGAAUUGAAGUGCGGAGCUUUUUUAUUCUUAAUUAUUGGCCUUGUUUUAUUUAAAUUGAUUGACGAGAGGAACGUUUGUUUAUGUGUAUAAUUAAUACCUAAGUGAACUGUAGAAGUGUGUGAUAAUAAGUAUUGUACGUGACAAUCAUGGUGUUAGCUGAAAGAAGUAACGAUGUUCGUAACGGGAAGCGUUCCAGAGGGCCAAGCCCUAAUGGGCAUGGGAGCCCAGAUUCAAGCUCAGAAGAUGAAAAUGCAGUGGUGCCAUUUGCAGCUGAGAAAAUCAGAGUAGGCCGAGACUUCCAGGCUGUCUGCCCUGAGUUGGAGCCAGUUGAGCAAAGGAAACCAGACCAAAUAUCGGACCGGGCAUUACUUGUUUGGUCUCCAACAGCUGACAUAUCUGAUACCAAGUUGGAUGAGUAUAUAACAACAGCAAAGGAGAAGUAUGGAUAUAAUGGUGAACAGGCCUUGGGUAUGCUGUUUUGGCAUAAGCAUGAUCUCAGCAGGGCCUCUAUGGACUUGGCUAACUUUACACCUUUUCCUGAUGAAUGGACAGUUGAAGAUAAGGUGCUGUUUGAGCAAGCAUUCCAGUUUCAUGGAAAGAGUUUUCAUCGGAUACGGCAGAUGCUGCCAGAUAAAUCAAUAGCAUCACUGGUGAAAUAUUAUUAUUCAUGGAAGAAAACGCGUGCUAGAACUUCAUUAAUGGAUGUGGUUAGUGAUGGCCGUAAUGCUACAGCUUCUGGUACAGCUAAGAAGGAUUCUCCAGGUGCCUCUGAACCGGGCGGUUCAGACAAGGAUUCGGACAAUGAUGAUAAGGGCGACGGCGGUGAGGCAGGCAAAUGGUGCACAGUGUGCGGAAUACUUUGCACCCAGACAACGCAACACAACUCCCAGAAACUUUGCCAGGCAUGCCUCGUGCACGCCAGACGCACGGGCAGUAUGCGACCGCUGUGUGGGCCGAGCGGGCGACGCGGGCCCGGCUUUAAACAAGUGCGGUACAAGCAUCGCUUGCCUCGUGGUAUUUACAUCAACCACGAUGAUCUGGUUGCCAUGGCGACCGGCCCUCAGCCCGGGGACGCCGCCCAACCGGGGCUCGUAAACCAGGGCGAGGCCAUGCUCAAAGCGAUGGAUAGAGAAAUUAUAUCCUACAAACGACAAGUACAGCAAAAUAAGCAACAGUUAAGCGCGAUUAAACGUAAAGUUGGCGAUGUGGGAGUGGAGGAAUAUAGGCCGGGUGAACCUCCGGCUAAGAUUAACUCACGCUGGACCAAUGAGGAGUUGCUAAUGGCUGUAACAGCUGUACGGAAAUAUGGUAAAGACUUCCAAGCCAUUGCUGAAACGCUAGGAACCAAAACAGAGGCCCAUGUGCGUACAUUCUUCGUUUCAUAUAGACGUCGUUACAAUCUGGAUGCCGUACUGCGAGAACACGAAGCUGACCGCGGAAAUGCUAAUCAUAUACAGCCAGGUACCACAAGCACAGAUGCAGCUGAGAAUGACGAGAGCAACGCUAAUGGUAGCAGCAGUUCGCCCAAGAGCACUGCUAGUAAAGAUGAAAAAACGGAAGUGGACAGCGAGGGUGUCUCCAUCGGCGCAUCCGCAGAGCAGGGCGGGGCACCCACCACGCCCCCCAAACAGAAAACUUCUAAGUGAUGUAAAUGGAGCUGAAUAAAUCAAGAGUGGGGAACCGCACUAUAGCCUUGAGAUUCUGUAACUCACUUUUUGAACUCUCACAGCGGUUUUCGCAGCGGCGGUCGCGCUUAAAUCAGUCGUGAAGCAGUGAGAGCUGUGAGAGUUCAAAAAGUGAGUUACAGAAUCGCAAGGCAGUAAAUAUAUCACAAUCGCAAAUUAUUAAAUCUAUAUAAUUUCAUCUCAUAUCUCGAAAUAUUUCUAAGCAAAUAACCUUAGUUUAAAUUAGUUAUAAUAUAUUAAAACCGUAUUCCAAAAUGUGAUUGGUGCAACGUUCAAUCCAUUUUGUCUAUGAAAUUUGACAUUGACAGUUAUGUCUGGAGUUAUAAUUUGAAGUGUCUGUGGACAGUAAUCAAAGUAAUGGAUUAUUUAAUUUGUAAUUAUUUUCUAAAUAAGGAAACAUUAUUUAAUGGAGGUCAAGAUUAUUUGAAUUUAAUUAUAUAUUGAA